UUUAUUUAAUAAAGACCUAGUAAAUUUUUGACAGAAUCCAUUAUUGUUACAAAUAAUUUAAAAAAAAUGUUUCCCAUUCAUUAUUGUUUUCUGGUGGGAUUACUUAGUUUAUUUGCUUCUGAGUCAAACGCCGGCGUGGCGUCGUUCAUCAAACCAUGUAAAGCAGACGAUAAAGAAUGCAUUAAAACAAAUACUCAAAACGCUCUGCCAUAUUUUGCCAAGGGUAUACCUGAAAUGGGAGUACCUGUUAUGGAACCCAUCAAGGUCGACUCCGUCAGAUCUGAUGAACGUGAUUUGAAACUCGGAUUCCGAGAUCUUGUAAUAUCUGGUCUUAGCAAAUGCAAGAUUUUAGACGUAGAACGUAACGUACAAAAGAGCACCAUUAAGCUGAUUUUUGAAUGUCCCCUUCGUGGCGUUGGGAAAUAUGACAUAAAGGGCAAAAUACUUCUACUCGACAUUUUUGGAAAUGACGAUUUCGAGAUAAAGGGCAAGGUUAGAAUGACAGUUGAAAUCAAAACCAAGUUAAUAGAGAAGAAGGGUAAUACGUACUGGAAAGUAACCGGUUUCGACUACAGUUAUGACUUGUUGGAUAAGGUCAAAAUCGAUCUAAAGAAUUUGUACGAUGGUGACGAGCAACGUGCUAAACCAAUGCUGGCAGCGAUCGACGGAGCUGGCAAUGAUCUCGUUCAAGAAGUUGGAGGUGGAAUUAUCACACAACUGGUGGGCAAGAUUGUUGAUAUCCUAAAGAAUGUAUUCCAUGAGUUGCCAACAAAAGACCUUGAAAUUGCUUAGAAAAUAAUUGUACCUCGAUAUAUAUCUUACUCGUAGUAAUAGAAUAAAAACAACAAAACCAAUAUUGUUUUAAAUUUAA